GCUGUUCCACCCUGGAGUUUGACCCUAGACGCGGUGCGGGGCGGUCGCGGCGGUGUACCUUAGCCGUGCACGUGGCCCUACCUGGGGAAGAUUUCUGAACUCCCCGCUCAAAAAAUUCGUAUACAGUGUGGUGAGAGGCCGUGCACGCCCCUGGCACGGAGCGAGGCGCCUCGUGAACCCAGUGUGUCCUGCCGCUGGCCGAGUUACCGACGGAAAGGUGUGUGACAGAGGGAGAAGAGAGGCGAGGUGGUGGUGUUGCUCACUCACUGCCACCACCACACCCUGUCACCGCCACCACCACCACCACUGCCGCCCUCGUCACCACCACCACCAUCACUACCACCACCACACCACCACACCACCGCCAUCUCCACCUUCACCACCACCUCUAAACUUGCUGUUUCCAAGGAAUCCCGUCAGGCCCUUGGCGCUUGCUUGUUCCCCUUCCCUCCUUAUUCCUGCGUGUGUGUGAGUGUGUGUGCGUGAGCGUGUACGUGCGUGCGUGUGCGUGCGUGUGUGCGUGGCCAGAGGGGUGACGCUGGGCACUUGCUGUGGAGGGACAUGGGCGCCGCCGUAACACUCUGUCACCCGUCACACCCUGGAAUGUGAGGCGCUGUCCUCACACCACCACCACCACCGUCACCACUAUCACCACCACAUCACCGCCUCACUAUGCUGGGCGUGGAAUCCAAACCUAAUGACACAGACCGAUUCAAGCCGGAUAGCCAUGAAAAAGUUUGCUAAGUGGCCGCCUUAACAGAAGCAGGACCAGCAGCAGCCUCCGCCUCUGUACACCGGCGUGCGUGCGUGCGUGUGUCGGCUGCAGGUGCUCCCGCCGUACGUGUGAGAGAGCAGGAUGUGGGGACAAAUGACAGCCCUGGACAACUUGGGGUUCCGCGGGGUGUUCAGCGGCGGCCUCGGCGGUUCCUUCGGGGGCCUGAGUGCCAGCCUCGGUGCCGCGCUGUCCAUGAGCGGAGAGCGGGGCGGCGUCGGCGUGGGCGUGGGCGUGGGUCCCAGGGAGUCCAGCGUGACCUCGGGCAUCGGUGUGGGUCUGGGCGUGGUGCCGGAGGUGAGGGCGGCAGGGGUCAGGGAGAAGGAGGGAGGGCUUGAACUCGUGAAGCCCUCCCUCGUGCUGGACAUUGCCUCCCUCAUCCUGUACGGCUGCCAGGCGCUGCCCAUCCGGCUCAAGAUCCUCCUGGACCGCCUCUUCUCGGUCCUAACCCACGAAGACGUCCUGCAGGUCCUCCACGGCUUCGGCUGGACCUACGAGGACUACGCCCGCGGCUACAAGCUGCAGGACCGGCAAGGCAACGUCCUCCACAGCUGGCACAUGAUGAGCCCCGAGGAGGAGACGCUGGUGCUGCGCCAGUUCCUGAGGUUCGGGGAGACGCGUGCCAUCGCCCAGCAGCUGCUGCAGCACGACGGGUCCUCGCCGCGGCCCGAUCACCUGCCCCCUCUCAGGGACCACCGCGACCCCCUGAGGGACAGGGACCCCCACAGGGACCCUCUGAGGGACCUUCGCGACAGCCACCGGGACCCUCUGAGAGACCCCUUGCGUGACCUUCACCGGGACCCCCACCGGGACCCUCACCGGGACCCUCACCGGGACCUGCGGGACAUGAGGGAGCGGGACCCCAUCAGGGACUUUAGGGAGGAGCUGCGGCGGGAGGAGGGCCGGCGGGAGGAGCCACCUCGGUCCCAGCCAUCCCACCACCACCCGCCACCCCACCACCCUCACCAGCCUGACCUGGGCAAGAUGGAUCCAGAAAUUAAGAAGUUUUUGGAGAGAACUAACAUGUUAUUCAGCCCCUUCAUGCGAGGUGACCCCAGUUCCCUUCUGCGGCCGCCACCUCCAACCGGCCCUCCCGGGCUGCCUCAUGGACCGCCGCCUCUGUCUGCGGCGUCACUCGCCUCCAACCUGCUGGCUGUGGCCAACCCUUCCCUGGCCACGUCGUUGCUGGCCAACCCCCAGCUGGCUUCCUCCGCGCUCUCCAUGCUGCGGCUUCCCGUGCCGCCCGUCUCCCUGCCCAACAUAUCCCCAAACGGCUCACUUCCCAACAGCUUCGGCUCCCCCACCAGCCCCAUGAGCGGUUCUCCACUCAACCGGCUGCAGAACAUGCAGCCCUACGACAUCCGGAAGGAACGACGGAGUCCCAGCCCAGCAGCGAGGGGCGAGCCCUCCCUAUGCCCUGGGGGCCGUGGUGGAGGCGUCACCAGCCCGGCCAGCAGCGGCGGCGGGGGUGUACAAGUGAACACCAGCAGCGGCACGGUCACGCCCUUGACUGCCUCUGCCGCCCAGCCGCCGCCACCCACGCCAGUCUCCAUCAACAGUGACCCGCCCACCGACUACACCAGCGACGAUGACGAAAUAUGUUUUUCCGCCUCGACCACAGCCCUUAAUUUAUCCACUACCUCCACCACGGUGGCCACCAGCUCUACCCCAACUACACUACCCAUGCCUCCCCGGCCACAUUCCCCCUCCUGUGGCGGCAACACCCCAGGAAAAAGAUCCUGGAAUCCAAUCAACAUGGGCACGUCGCUUAUUAAUCCCGUGACGGGCAAAAAGCGGGUUCAGUGCAAUGUCUGCUUGAAGACCUUCUGCGACAAAGGUGCUCUCAAGAUCCACUUUUCGGCAGUCCACCUCCGAGAGAUGCACAAGUGCACGGUGGAAGGCUGUAAUAUGAUGUUUAGUUCACGUCGUUCACGCAACCGACAUUCUGCCAAUCCCAACCCUAAGUUGCACACGCCUCAUGUGCGCCGCAAAAUAUCCCCUCACGACGGCCGCACCAGCGCGGCGCACCCAGUUGUUCCACCACACCUGACCGCCCAGGGCUUCCAGCCGCCCGCCGGCUUCCCUCCACUCGGUUCGUUCCCAGGCCAGUUCGGCGGCAUCAACCCCCUUACAGGGCUGCCCUUCAUCCCGCCAUCGGCUUCAGCCACCGAAGAUCUGCAUAAGCAGGCGUUGGAGCUGCAGCGCCGCACACUGGAGAUGCAUCAAGUGAUGGGCAAGAGUUCCUUGGACCUUACUAUGAGGAGCCGCGAGGAAGGUGGUCUCUGGCGUGGUGACUACGGCGGCUUCCACCCCAGCAGCCUGGUGGGUGACGAUGGCGGAAUAGGAGACAGGAUGAACACAGAAAAUGCUGACCACAAGCGAGGCCGCAGUGACGACGAUUACCACGGCAACAAUAGUCUGGACGGAGACGCGGACGACGACAGCAUGAGCGUGGACGCCCACAGCAUGAAGGGCGAGGGUACGGCUGCCUCGCCCUCCACCAACAAGAGAAAACGGAAGAGUCAGAACCCAACCAAGUUCGCCUUCAGACUAGAGGACGACGAUUUGAUCUCAACCGACGACGACGACGAUGACGAUAACGACGACGACCUUGAUGACAUUGAUGCGAAAGAUUCUGAGGAUGACAAAAACGAAGACAAAGAACUGGACGCCAUGAGUGACGAUGACGACGACACGGACGGCACCGUGAAGGAAGGCUCGUCCCUCCACUCAGGCGGCGACAAAUCAAAAAACGAUAAAGACUCGGACGGAAGCACCCGAAAAGUGUCGUCGAGUAGCUUCGACGAGACGGUGGACACGUCCAAUGCGCUGCGGCACCUGGAGGACCUCUCCCGGGGCCACUUCGCUCACCUCGCCGGCGCGUUGCCCCCAAACGCGUCGGCGUCACUCGGCCUCCAGAUGACGCCCUCGGGCAACGGCGUCAGCUCCUCGAGUCCCAGGCCGAGUGACCGAGACAGCGACAGGGACUCGAACCCAGGUUCGCCCUCCGAGGACUCAGACGGGGCGUUUCAGUUUGGCGAGGGUGGGUUUCUGAGCAGCCUGAACAUACCAAUCGACAAAGAGAAUCCGCGCCGCUGCAUCGCGUGCGGCAAGAUAUUCCAGAACCACUUCGGGGUGAAGACCCACUACCAGAACGUGCACCUCAAGCUGAUGCACAAGUGCACGGUGGAGGGGUGCAAUGCAGCCUUCCCCUCCAAGCGGAGUCGGGACCGUCACGCCUCCAACCUCAACCUCCACAGGAAGCUGCUCUCAACCUCGGCGGAUGGGCCCGGCUUCCCGUCCCUCACCUUCCCCGGCCUCCCCUUCAACCCUGCCCUCAACCCCGAGCUGCUGGCGCGCCUCUACUCCGACCCGAGUGGCCUCCCGCUGGGUCUUGAGGCCCUCAAGGCCCACAUCCCGACUUCACUAGCGGAGACCCUGUUUAAUGGCGACCGUGGCCCCGGUGGUGGCAGUGGAGACGGCAACGGGAGCAAUGGCAACGCGGGCGGGGGAGGCUUGCCGCCCGGCACCCACCCACCGCCUCACUUCUUCCUGCCCAACCUACUCCCUCACUUCGCGGCGAACAAUAACCUGCCUGGCACCGAGAGAAAAGAUCGCUCCAGCACUCCCUCGCCUCAAUCAACCACUCCCACCACAACCACCUCGACUUCUACCACGGGCCCUCCUGGCGGCGAGUCCUCCUCGCCCCCACCUCAGCCUCUGGAGACUUCCGCUCCCACCACCACCAUCACCACUACCACCACCUCCUCUUCCUCUCCAAUAGGCAGUAUCGCAGACGAAGAAACAGAGGAGUGGGUGUAUAAUCUGGAAGACGAUCUGCCCACGCCAGACCGUGACGGCAACAUGCCCUGCAAGUUCUGUCACAAGACCUUUGAGGACGGCGUAGGCCUCAAGAGUCACUACGACGAGGCUCACGCCGCCGAGAUGUUCCGGUGCACCGUGAGCGGCUGCAACAAAGUGUUCAGCUCACGCCGCAAGCGCAACGCCCACUCCCUCAACGAGGCUCACCACCAGCAGCCGCCGGACGUCUCGGAGACAGAGACGACGUGAUGACUUCGCCUCCCGUGUCCCCUGUGGCGGUGUCCCCAAGGGGAUCACCCCCAGACCUCUCCCCCCGCUGUAUAAAUGUAUAAAUGUGCCAAUGUUUCACGUCUUAUUUAUACGUAGUGGUGUUAGAGCGGCCAGUGUGGCCCGCGUGUACAUGGCCCGGCUCCGGCGGCCCUGAGGUCACCCGCUGCUUGCUGUGUCGUGCGCCCCGCUCCCCCCCCCCCCACCCCCACCCCCACCCCGGACGCUGCCCACCCAGGUCCUGCAUGGCCCCUGGAAGUCCCAUCUCGGGGAGGCAGGCCCCAUAAACUCUCCCGUGGCCGCGCCAGGCCCUGCAGCGCCGCACCCUAGUGACUGGCCGAGGCGCUGGACAGACUCGCGCCCGUGGCCGAGGUGCUGUGAGCCGUCUUAACGCUGAACAACUUAGAGCUGCAUUAAUGUUCUCAGGAUUCUUUGUGAAUCGUUUUUGCAUACCAAUGAGUUGGUAUACAAGAGUCAGUGUUUAAUUAUUUUGUGUAUUUGUAAAAUUGAUUUUUUUUGGUUCAUCCAUUGCUAUAAAUGUGGGUUUUAUACUGUGACUUUCUCUGUCAUCUCUGUAAUGGUGCUAUAUUUUAGUUGGCACAUCCAUGUCUCGAGUUACGUACAAUUUUGGUUGAUAAGUUCACUCUUCCUCCCGUGUGGUCGCCCAGACGGCGCCCCCACCUGCCCCGGGGCGGCGCUCCCGAGCGUGCGUGUGCCCCGCGCCGGGCCCCGGUGCGUUGUGCGGCCGCGGGGGAGGUGAGGGUCGCCGCAGGGGGCGGGGGGUCUGGGGCACCUUAGAAGGCGGCCUCCACUUAGGCCCCUCUGUCCCUCACUCUAGUCCACCUGCUCUCUCCUCCUUUUCAGAUUUCCUCUGUGCACCUGUCCGUCUAAUCUCUAUCUAUUGAUCUAUCUAUCGAUCUAUCCAUGUCUACCUAUCUACACGACACUCUGCCUGUACUCACCUCCUUCCCAGAGACAGAUGACAAGACAAUCAGCAGUGUGAGUUAGCCAAAGAAUCGCCUGUUUGUCCUUCACGUUUCUCGCCGCCGCGUCUCCUGCCGCGGCUGCGUCUGGUGGCGGCGGGCAGCAGCGCGGCGGCGGUGCCUCCGCGGUGACGCCUCUCGUUGCGACUCCUUCCUGGGGAUUAAAGUGGAGUCGUUAAUUACCUUGUAAACGAGACGGUGCAUCGUUUGAUAGUCUCUCUCUCUCUCUCUCUCUCUCUCUCUCUCUCUCUCUCUCUCUCUCUCUCUCUCUCUUCGUCCAUCUUAAUCUACUAACCAGUCAGCCUGGACCGGUACAGUCUUUUUUUUUAUAUAUAUUUCUAAUUUAGUCACAUAAUGUAAGGUUUGCAGGAGGGUUAAGAUUUUCAUAGUUUAUAGUGAGAUCUCUCUCUCCAUCAGCCGACGCGGGAGGAGGAGGAGGAAGAAUUUUGUAUAAAAAGUAAAUUAAUGAGAGAAAAUGAGAACGUAGACUUCCAUAAAGCUAGCGGUCCAGCCGGGUCAGCUGUCAAGCUUUCUCUCUCUCUCUCUCUCUCUCUCUCUCUCUCUCUCUCUCUCUCUCUCUCUCUCUCUCUCUCUCUCUCCACCUUCUUGCAUUAUUUUCAUCUUCAUUCUCUUCGUCUUUUCUUUCUCGUCUUUUUUUCACAUUUACGUUUAUAUUUACAGACUUUCCUCCACUCUGCCUCCCACCUAGUGUAAGAUUCCUGCUUUCCCUCCAAUCCUCUUCCUCCUCUUCCGCCUCCUCCUCCUCCUCUUCCGCCUCCUCCUCCUCCUCUUCCGCCUCCUCCUCCUCCUCUUCCACCUCCUCCUCACCGUAAAAUUGACCUGGUAACCCCAUAUCAUCAAGUCAGAGGUUAUAAAGAUGUCUGUCUAUCCGUCUCUCUCUCUCUCUCUCUCUCUCUCUCUCUCUCUCUCUCUCUCUCUCUCUCUCUCUCUCUCUUUGAUAUUGUAAAUUAUCAUGGUGGCGAUUUCAAGAACAAAACUCGUUGUUAGAAUAUUGUGGAGAAAACUGUAGCAGUCCUUGUUAAUAAAUCUGGUUAUAUGUG